CCACCCAUCUCCCAGAAUCCCACUCUGCCUCACUAUGGGGGUGCUCACCUGUAACGGGUCAGGAGACAGCUCACCUGUUUUCUACCUGGUGGGCAUCCCUUCUCUGCCAGAAUCCUUCUUCCUGCCUGUGUUUUUUGUUUUUCUCCUCUUCUACCUGCUCAUCCUCAUGGGCAAUGCCCUGAUCCUGGUGGCAGUGGGGGCUGAGCCCAGCCUCCACAAGCCCAUGUACUUCUUCCUCAUGAACCUCUCAGCCCUGGACAUCCUCUUCACCACCACCACCGUGCCCAAGAUGUUGUCCCUAUUUCUAUGGAGAGACCACUUCCUCAGCUUCCCUGCCUGUUUAUUGCAGAUGUACCUCUUCCAAAGCUUUACAUGCGUGGAAGCCUUCAUCCUGGUGGUCAUGGCCUAUGACCGCUACGUGGCCAUCUGCCGCCCACUGCACUACCCGGUCCACAUGACCCCACAGACCAACGCUGCCCUGGCGGCCAGCGCCUGGCUCACUGCCCUUCUCCUGCCCGUCCCAGCAGUGGUGCAGACCUCCCACAUGGCCUACAACAGCAUGGCCUACAUCCACCACUGCUUCUGUGACCACUUUGCUCUGGUCCAGGCCUCCUGCUCUGACACCAGCGCACAGACCCUCAUGGGCUUCUGCAUCGCCAUGGUGGUGUCCUUCCUCCCCCUUCUCCUGGUGCUGCUCUCCUACGCCCACAUCCUGGCGUCUGUGCUUCGCAUCCGCUCCCGAGAAGGACGUUCCAAAGCCUUCUCCACCUGUAGCUCCCACCUCCUGGUGGUGGGCACCUACUAUUCAUCCAUUGCUGUGGCCUAUGUCACCUACAGGGCUGACCUGCCCCUCGGCUUCCAUGUCCUGGGCAACGUGGCUUAUGCGAUCCUCACACCUGUUCUCAACCCCCUCAUCUACACGCUGAGGAACAAGGAUGUCAAGGCAGCCAUCGCCAGAACUGUGUAUCUCAAAACAGAGGCUAUGCCAUGA